AGCUGGCAGUGUAAAUCUCAGUAUUAGAUAAUAUCUACAUUUUAUUUAAAUAGAUAUAAAUCAAAUAUUGAUAAUGUAAUACCCUUUUGUGGAUCGUUCAUUUAAGUUUUGUUGGACAACAGUGACAGAUAGUUACAUACAUACAGUGACAUUUUGACAUUGACAUUUCGACCCGGUGUCACAUGGUGAACUUGGAACUGUUAUUUGUAUUUUUGUUUUGAUAUUUAAAUGCACAAUUUGCUAUUAAUAUUGUUUUCUUCUUAAUGUUUAUGUAUUUUAUUAUACUAUAAUUAGAACUGUAAACAUAUAUUUAUAGCAUGCCAGUAGUAGUUUCUAUAAACUACGCGUGUGUCCACAAAUUAAGGUAACUUAUCUUACGCUAUUUGAUAGGAUAUUGUUUUAUUUAACAAUACAUUUUAUCAAUUAUGUUGAUAAUAAAAUAAUCUCGAAUGACCUCCACUCAUCGAUAAAAUAGGCAAGCACGACCGAAGUGAAGUGGGUAUAUUUAUAAACACAAACUUUAGACGUAUGUGAGUAGCGAUCAAAGUUCAAUCGGAUUGUCCAUAUUGUUCAUCAUGACUGUAACUAAGAAAUUAUUGAAAUUAUUAAUACUUGGAGCUCCAGCAUCGGGAAAAGGCACAAUAUCGUCACGUAUAGUGAAGAAGUACAAUGUCGCACAUGUAUCGAGUGGAGAUAAGCUGAGGGACCAUAUAGAAAAACAAACUGAUUUAGGCAAAGAAGUAAAGAAAUACUUGAACGAAGGGAAACUGGUGCCAGAUGAUGUUAUGAUAAAGUUUAUGAUUACGGAAUUAAAUAUGGUUAAGGAUAAAGCUUGGUUGCUAGAUGGUUUCCCAAGGACAGUGGCCCAAGCAGAUGCACUGUGGAAAGUACAACCAGUAGAUGUAGUGCUAAAUUUAGUUGUGCCCUUUGAAGUGAUAAUUGAUCGGGUGAAGAAUCGCUGGGUGCACUUGCCUUCUGGUAGAGUUUAUAAUAUUGGUUUCAAUACACCAAAAGUUGAUGGAAAAGAUGAUGUGACUGGUGAAGACUUAGUUCAAAGACCUGAUGAUAAGCCAGAAGCUGUUAGAAAGAGACUGGAAAUAUAUGAAAGUGCAACGAGGCCUGUGAUAGCAUAUUAUAAAGAUAAAAAUAUUCUCAAAGAGUUUGAAGGGCGCACUUCUGAUGAAAUAUGGCCAAAGGUAACAGCUUAUUUAGAUCCCAUACUAAUUAAGUGAAUCAUUCAUUUUGAGAUAAUAGUUUUAUCUUUGUAAAGACUAGGAUUGGUGCUGCUGAUAAUUCUUAAUUAAUAAGUACUCCUUACCUAGUACCUAAGUAAAGUAUAAUACAUUUUAUAAAAUAUAUUUUGAAUUUUUAUAUUAUAUACAUUUUUAGAAACUUGUUAUGUAUUUGAAAUGAUUUUAUAUGAUAUACAUUGUUGGAAGUAUGUUGUAUAUUUGUAAUGUUUUUAAACCUAUAGUAACCCUUAAAUAUUUAAAUUUGCAUUAUGUUUUUUUUAUUUGAAUGUGAAUACAUCUGGAAAUUUACUUUUCUAUCUGUUUUAAAUUAGCAAAUUUUAAAUUUUUUAUUCAGUUUUGAAAGGAGGUUAAAUUUAUUUCUAUCAUUGAUUAUUAUGUGAUAUCUGAAUCUAAUGUAGUAAUUAUUUCAUUUACAGGGAUUUUUAUUAAUCGAUUUUAUUUUGUGUUCAUCCCAAACUAAGUUUAUCUAAUAUAUUUAUUAGUUUAGAAAAAUAUUUAAAAGCAUCAAAUGUUAUAAGUAGUUUUUAGAUUGUAUAACAGAAAUUAGCACCAACAGGUUUAUAAAGAAGUAAAAAUUAUGAUUUAAAUUUCAUAUUGAUGUUUCACCAUUAUUGGUAAUUUUCCAAUAUAGUCAACAGAAGCACAAUAUAUUAAACAUUAGUAAUAUUUAGUGCCUUUGUAUGGCUACAAUAUUAUUAGAUAGCCAUGUAGUCAUGUAGGUAAUUUAGAUUUAAAAAAAUAUAUGAAGUUAAUAAAUUAAGUGAAGUAUUGUUCUGUUGCUAAGCUCAAAUGAUUUUAUAUUACCAUAUUAAAUGUUAUAUAAUAGUUUUAUAUAUCCUUAAUAGAUUUUAUGAUUUUGUAUGCUAUAAUAAAUUAUCAUUAUUGUUA